UAAGUUAACGUAUCAAAUGUUGGUGUGGUCAACGGUGUUAUCAACAAAUAGCGGGCUUAGUUUAAAUGAGUACUGUACUUUGGUAGAAGACGGCGGAUCUUGGGUGGGUAUUUCUUGGCACAUCAAGGACAGGCACACACCAACGCGACAGUUUCAGAGAAACAGAAUACCCGAUAGAUGUAUGGUACGCUGACUGCAUUGCCACGAACAGAGUUUUCUUAUUCCGUCUGUUUACAAAGAAACUACGGUGGCAAGAACGGAGAACACGGCCCCGGCCAACAUUCCGUAUGCCGCAGAAGAAGAUUCAUCCGCCUCGGCUUCAUCCAUAAUUGCGUCGGCUUCGGUGUCAGUUUCGUUCGUAUCCUUCAAGUUGCUGAGGAUAUCUCCGACGCCCCCCAUGGCAUUACUCACGGCAUCGUUUGCCGUACCCAUGGCAUUAUUCACGGCAUCGUUUGCCGUACCCAUGGCAUUAUUCACGGCCUCGCUUGCCGUACCCAAGGCCUCUUCGACGGCGGCAUUUGCACCGGAAUACGAGGCGAUGGCAGCGAGAACAGCAAUGAAAACUUUGGAAAUGGUCAAUCGGAACAUGGUGUUAGUGAAGGGUGGUGCAAAACGAAUGUAUCGGUAGCAAGAUGGAAAUAUAUCGAUGUAGAAUACUUGAAAAAGUUUUUAUGUGCAAUAAGUGGGGCGAUAUGAUGGAGCAUGGGCACGCAAUAACACGUAAUCGUCUUCGAGUGAGAAAAGAUUUCAUCGGUGUCACCGAACCUUUUGUCACCGAACCUUCCGUACAUUUGGACGGUAGAUGCGGGCAGUACCAGGUACGAGCACUACGCACCAAAUGAUUAAAAGAAUACUUAGGUACUCUUUAAAAUUCUGAACUGAAAUCUUCUCUUCUUCUCAAGAGUGUUCUCGCGUAUUAGAUCACUUAGCAAGCCUGCAAGCGAUCAGAUCAUUAGUGUCAAGACAACAUUCUAUCUUCGCUCGCGUGUUCUUUGUGUCUCUUUUCAAUUUUCAAAAAAGACCCUGGGCUUAUGAAUAGAGUAAAGAACCCAACACAAAUGGAUGAUUCUCCGGUGUUGAUAUUUUUAUUUUGGUAGUACAAGUACACGUGCAUAUCACUUUUCCGUAAAGGUGUGCAACCGAUGAUUCGCAUUUCGUAUCCAGAGUGCGGCUCUGAAAAWUGUCGAAAAUGUGAUUUGUUAAGCCUUCUCAAAGUUGCUUUUAAAUCACAAGAGGUCCUCUUUUWAAUCUUCGUAGGUCUCAAAGAGAGGGAAAAAGUACGAGUAUGUACUCGCAAGAAUAAUGGUCUUCAUGCCACAUCGGUUCGUUCGAGCUCGUUCUAUCUGUUCUUCAACGCAGGUUUCGAUCUACCCUCUUGAGGUUCUUCUUCAACGGGUUAUCUUGGCGUUGUUACCACUGUACCAUAUGGCAUUUCACCCUUUUAGGGGGGAUUUUAGCAACUCCUAAAGGGGGCAAAUAAAAAGCAAAAAGCUACUAAGAAGUACCAGUAGGUACUUGGGUACGGACCAUACCUAUCAGUGUAUCGCCACGAAGAAACCUUUACUGUACUCUGUCCUGGCUAGUCAAAGGAUAAGAAUCACUACGAGGACGUGCUGCUCAUCUUGUCAUAAGUAAUAAUAGCUCUCUUAUCGUACAAAAGGUAAUUUUGAGACAUCCAGACGCAACCGCGUCGAAACAAAAGAACGGCCUUUCCUUGGUUGUCGGUCGCGUCUCAUUUUCCCGCGACCAUCCAACACAGGUUUUGGUGCGACCGUGGAAACUUGGCAUGGCACAGUACGUACUUACUCGUACUAUACUAUUCGCACGGUACGAUCGGACCCGGAUCUGCGUCCUCUUUCCAUCGCGCUGCCUGCCCGAAACAAAAUGUGUUCAUCACGGGAGUGGUCUUCCGGAAAGUACUAUCUACCUACCGGUAUGCAAACGAAGAGAGUGGCGAUCGUGUUUCGAGCGAGGUCCGUGGUGGUUGGGCGUAGAGUGCAGUGCCGCWGUCUCGCCCAAAACAGCAUGCGGUCUACCGAUACGAAUCACAGACAGAGCAGCUCACGGCACCACACUUGGAAAAAAGUGAUUUGCUCUUGUUUCGAUCUUGCCGGCUCUAGACWAUCGAUGCCGUGGCCCCGGCCAUAAUUUCAUUUGCAGCACUUCCGAAACGAGUCAAACCCCAGACAAAACAGCAGCAKUCGCYACUUUUGUCACAUUCAGCGAAUCCUUUUCAAAUACAUGAUCAGAAAUUGUUUGUAACUCUACGGUACRAUACAGUAACAAAUUAAUUAMCCAUUUGUCACCAUGUACGGAGACAAUACCACUAGCAACGUUCCAAAGGAUUCCUUUUCCGAARACAACCGGAAGUUWUCACCCGCGAUUCCCCGUCCUCGACCUACCYUAGGAGCAAUGGCAUCCGCUUCGUCCUUGUCCUCGUCCUCCUUUCGGUUUGGCAACACGGAGGCYGAUUCCACCACCAACAGCARCARGAACUACUCGGACGAUUCCGAUAUCCCAUGGGGAGAUCGCAAGCCCGCCGCCAAGGUUUUCCCCUUUUCCGAUUACGGCAACGACUACCAACACUUCCAAAUGGAAGACAUCGACGACGACGACGAUGACUACGCAAUGGACCUGGAAGAUUACGAUGACCCCGAUAUGGACCUGGUAGAAUACCCAAGCAAGGAAAAGUUCGAGAGUUCCAUCGCCACUGGCUCGGACGAAGAGUUUGAGUUGAACACUCCAACGAAGGACGGGGUUCUCUUGCCCAGAAAUUCUCCCAGCCAGAGAAUCAUCAAGCGCCUUGCUUCCUCUUCUUCGGUGGUUGCCAAACCUUCCCCUUCCCCGGACAAGAAGGGAGAAGCCACUCUCAAGACCGACCACAGCAGCCACACCGACGACGAAGAAAACGGUCGGUGCGACUGUCGAGAAGACGACGACGGCCACGACGACGGCCACGACGACAGCAGCGCCCUUCUCGCCGCAAAGAACGGGCCACGAACCACCAAGACCACCRUUUUCGGAGACGGCACGGCCAUCUCCAACCGCGAAUUGCUCUGGGCGGCAUCCAUCUUUUUCCUCGUUGUUGGGAUUUCCGUCCUGACCGCGGCACUCGUCCUCAUCAAGGGCCAGAGCAGCAGCAUCCUCGACGCAAACAGCRAAGGACKCAUUCCCUCGACGCCCUCCGCGUCUCCCCCGUUCGGAGAACCACCCACUCCUCCACCCGUGGUGGUCGYCCCCAGGCUSUCCGUCCAGAACGAAUGGAAACUGGUCUACGCGGCCAUUCGGGACAACCCGCUGACCCAGUCCCUCCUGGUCUCCGGGGACGGCGAAGAGGUCCUCCCGGCCGAUCCGACCUUCUACGAGGGUCUCGUCGAGGGCAUGGUCUUCUCGGAGGAUCACCGCGAUUGGAUUCCAGCAGUGAUGCCCUUGUCUGACGACAACGACGAUCUCGUGAACCUCUACGGCAUGACUACCACCGACCAGCAGCAGAUUGCCGGCAACAACAACGGCAACAGCAUCAACACGAACAACCACAGCGGCGGCCAACACAUCGGAAUGCCUCCGUCGGCCGCCAAGAAGAACCCCAUGACCCCGAACCAAAAGGCUACCGCCUGGUUGCUYUAUCACGACCGGCGCAAGGACCCGAACGAGUCCGUCUGGCGGUGGGCUCUCGCCUCCAUCUACUUCAAAAUGGGCGGGCACGGGUGGACCAUCUUUCGUCGGGACCAGGRGGCAGAUCGUUCGUCCCCGAAGUGGUUCACMRAUGCACCGCUCUGCGACUGGGAGCGCCUGGAGGGCUGCAGCGGCUACUUCAAGGRCAAGGGCAASGRCAACCGCAAUCCGMAAGCGCAAACCCACCUCCACCACGCCGAGCAGCACCACGAGCUUCCGGUGGACCUCGACUUUGACGAUUCCAAUCUCUCGGGAAGCAUCGCCACGGAAUUUUCUCUGUUGAGACUCUACAACACCGGCUCCGACGACGAAGACACCGUGCUGCGGGCCAUCACGCUGACCGACAACCGAUUGACCGGAAGGAUCCCCGGCCGGGUUUUUGAGUUCCUCUUUCCCUCGCUCGGAAAGUUGUAUCUGGACGGCAACGAAUUGACGGGAACCAUUCCCUACGAGCUGGGUGGGCUCGGUGAGUAAACUUGCAAGCCCCAAAGAACCAAAAAUACCGGCUGUCACCUGCCGGG